AUGAGCUGCAGCAGUGUUGCCGGCUCAGAGUUUUCUGAGGAAGAGUUGGAACUCUGCACUUUGGGUCAAGGUGAAGAAGAAGAAAGUACUAAAGACUUCUCCCAGGACAGUGAAAGCUCAACCAGCAGCCCAAGUGAGUUAGAAGAAGGCCAGUCCAAGAAGCGCAACCGGCCGGUGCGCUCAAAAGCUCGAAGAAUGGCUGCUAACGUCCGUGAGCGCAAACGCAUCAUGGAUUACAACCAAGCCUUUAAUGCCCUGAGGGUGGCACUUAAUCACGAUCUCAGCGGAAAACGUCUGUCAAAGAUAGCAACUCUGCAGAGAGCCAUCAACCGCAUCUCUGCCUUGUCGGUUUUUCUGAGUUCAAAUCCCCCCAGCAAACCCUGCAGCCACCGGGAGUGUAACCGAGCCUCACUGGGGGUCCCUCGCUCAGAGCAGAACCAGACCCCUAUGCCGCGGGUGGAGCAACAGAACUAUGCCUUGUGGCAUGGGCCCAUGCCUCAUCAGAGGCCACAAGUGUCCCACCUGCAGAGGUUAUCCACUGAGCCUCAAGUCUACAUGGAUAACUCAGUGUCCUCUUGUCCUCCAUCACCACACUACCCCUGCUACCCUUCAGAUGCACAAGUCUACUCCACACAUGGACCCUGUGGAAGCCCCCACAAUCUGCCCCCCAGCCCCCUCAGGUACUCACAGGUGGGGGACGGCCUGAGCUAUCAGUCUGCAGUAUGGGCCUCAUGCACACAGGGGUACAUUGAUCAGUUUGUGGAGCCUCCUCCAGCGCCUGGGCUUCACUGGUCAGUAGGUUACCUGCAGGAGCCAGAGCACAGCCUGCAGGUGUGCCCAGAGAUACUUUGA